CUCUCUGAACCUUCUUUCGGCGGCGCUUUUGCUUCUUCCUCAAGUUGUCACCCAGGCUCGUUUGUAAAUUAUUGUAAAGGCCUUCGACCCAACUCAACGCGGGGAUUUCGAAGGAUUCCAGUAAUCAUGUGUUUUGGCUUGGUAUCUCUUUCUUUGGCGGGCCUCGUCGACAUCGUUCCCGUAGGUUCAUCUACAGUCAUCGAGAAUAUGUCGCGACAUUUGAUGUGGCGGGUUAUCUAGUCGUCGAAUUCUGGCCCUUAACAAGAAACGACAGGACCUCACGAACCUUUUCAUACUUGGUAUAGAGGACCGUUCGAUGUGUUCUUGAAAAUUUCAGCUGGGAAAGAGGUAUGUUGUAAUACGAAAAGUCAUCUGUCAACCAAGCAGAAAAGGCAAGAUUCAAGAGGUUUGGUGUACAGGUUUUGGCUACAACGGCAUCGUAAUGUUAGACACGAACUCGAAGACUUCGUCAAGGAUGUCAUACAAGAUGAAGAAAAGAUCUCGCUCCACGAAGGAUUUGUCGUCGUACGGGCGAAUAUUGCAUCGAUGGUCGACCACGACGAAGAAUUCAUUGUGGGUUGCCGUACCUCACUUCCAACUAAACUUAGAAAGGAUCAUUCAAGGAUGUUGUUUACGAUGCGAUGGAAGGAAUGGAGUACAUGGCACUCAUCGAUUCUUAUAACUGUAAAAGCGAAUGUUUGCAGAAGACGAAACCAAUUCAAGGCAACCUCUAAGAAUAUUGAGCAUGCCCCCCUUCGACAUAAUUAUUAUCGUGGAUUCUGGAGAGUCAUUGAGGCUGCUUGCAGGAGACCACCUCUGAGUGAAUGCCGUGAACUAUCAAGCGAGUUACAAAGAUAUCCACGACUGCCACUCAAACUCUCUUAUCCUUUCCCCCCUCCACAGUCAUUCAUGAGAAUGUGCAGUCCCCAAUAUCGGCAUCCAAACGAAGAGAACGACUCGGUAUCGAAAUGGGUGAAAGUCGGGGAAGUAACUCUCGACCUCUCUCAGACAGCUCUAUCCACCGUAAAGGAGUUGGCCGAGUUCGCACCUGUACCCUUCUUGAGAGAAGCUGCAGGAUGUGCUCUUGCAAUUGUUGAAGCUGUCGACCGAGUUGUAACGAACAAGGAAGGAUUCCGACUUCUCGCGAGCCACGCAUGCGAAAUCGUAUUUGCUGCUCAGCGUGCCACUUUGGCAUCUGAAAGGACGAUUUGGAAUAAGGACAGCAAGAUGAUGAAUAAUCUGAGGCACUUGCUAAGCACGUUAUCACAAAUCAAGGAAUUCGCAAAUUCUAGAGCUACGAAGAACCCGUUCUCUCGUUUCAUACACCAGAAUUCAGACGAACAGAAAAUUCUAGCCUUUAGAGAGAUGAUGAAUCAUGCCCUUGCUCUAUUUAACUUGCAAUCUACCAUACAAUCACACGACCUCUUGCUGGAUAUUCAAAAAAACACGCGAUACUGCCAGAUAUAUCAUUCACUCGAUGUAGAGAAUGUCCCUCGGGAGGAGGCACCUGCAGCUGAACGGCAUCCGAGUCCACGACCUGGCAAUACCUACCCAGAAACAGACACUCUACUGUCUCCCGAACCCCAAUCACUUCCCAGUCGACCUCAAACCGCCGAACUCCAUUCUCCUAAUCCAAGCUUAUCACCGACACCUGUAUCGACAUCUCCGAACCCAAUGAACGCCAUGUUCGGGGGCAACCUGAGCGGCACUAUCACUGGGACCGUCACGUUCAACAACAUAUCUGGAGAUCAAACCAAUACUGCCGACAACUCGAAAUCAGUUUGGAAGAACUGUGGUGGGACUUAUCGAACGCAGGUGAUGAAUUCGAAUAAUCAGUUUUAUUAUGCAUAUGAUUGAACGAAUUACACGUCACAGUGAACGCACUGAGCCAUAAUGAGCACUGCUGCGGUUACCACUGUUUUUAUAUAUUGAUGUAGCAUGACACAGAGG